AUGGCCGCUGUCAAAGGCCUGAUACAGGGGACUCUGAGGUCCCGGAGGUUACUGCAGCUAGGACGGUAUGUGACCGCCGGUGUGGCCUCCCUGUCCUCGUCGGCAACAUCUCCAGAAGAGAAGCUCAAGGACAGACAGACACAGGUGAUGGCUCGUGGUUUGCCAAAGCAGAAGCCAAUUUGUGGAGUUAAGCACGUUUUGGUUGUAGCUUCAGGCAAAGGAGGUGUUGGCAAGUCCACUACUGCAGUUAAUCUGGCAUUGGGAUUUGCAGCUAGUGAACAUGUAAAGUCAGUCGGCUUAUUGGAUGCUGAUGUAUAUGGACCGUCCAUUCCCCGAAUGAUGAAUCUAAAGGGAAACCCAGAGGUGACAAGCAACAAUUUAAUGAUCCCUCUUGUCAACUAUGGAAUUAGAUGCAUGUCAAUGGGAUUCCUGGUAGAGGAGACGGCUCCGAUUGUGUGGAGAGGCUUGAUGGUUAUGUCCGCAAUAGAGCGGUUACUAAGGCAGGUUGACUGGGGGGAAUUGGAUUACCUGGUUAUAGACAUGCCACCUGGAACUGGAGAUGUACAGUUGUCUAUAUCUCAGAACAUCCCAAUAUCUGGGGCUGUGAUAGUCUCCACUCCCCAGGACAUUGCACUGCUGGAUGCUCGCAGAGGGGCUGAAAUGUUUCAGAAAGUCAACGUUCCUGUGCUAGGUCUUGUGCAGAACAUGAGUGUUUUUCGAUGUCCUAAGUGUAAUCACGAAACCCAUAUCUUUGGAGAAGAUGGCGCACGGCAACUUGCGGUUUCCAUGGGACUAGAUAUUCUAGGUGACAUUCCUCUACAUAUUAGCAUUCGAGAAACCUGUGACAUGGGAAAGCCAGUAGUGGUUUCUGCUCCAGAGAGCAGGGAGGCCAUGGCGUAUGUGAGCAUUGCCAAAGAAAUAAUGAAGAGAAUUUCCGAAGAUGGUGCAGCCAAAUAG